AAGCGUUUGAGAAGGGAAGCUUCCGAAGAUGAAAAAAUGGUGAAUCGGAAGAGAACUUCGAGAGUCGAAGCUACCGGCGAUGAUCAAAUGGCGAAGCGGAAGAGAAACCUUGCUUCCAUGCCACAGAGAACUCGGAGGCCACUGCGAAGAUCCAAGACGAUCUGUUCUUGUAGCUCUCCAGCUUCUUUCCUCACCGCUCACUCCACUUUCUGCUGGUAUGAAAGAGACUUGUGGACAGAGAUCGCGAAGUUUCUAGAUGCGAGAUCACUGGUGAUGCUGGCGGCCACUAGUCGGUGGUUCCAGAGUUUGAUAAUGGAAGACAGCAUAUGGAAGUACGUUUGCCUGCGUGACCUUCAGGUUCCUACUCCUUGCAACGUUUCCUCCAAGUGGAUCAAACUCUAUGCUUCAGCUUUUGAUGGAAGCCAUUCUUUUAUGUUCCGUCAACAGGAGAAACACAUUGACUGGAUGCGAAUUGGUGCUUUUUCUCUGGACUCUUCAGAAGUUCUCCUGACAGAGAGGCUAAGCGCUCCAACGAGAAUCCCAAAAGAAGAUGAGACAGAGACGAUGUUGCAGUCAAGUGGCUGUUGUGUUCUAAAGAAUGUUAAGACAGGGAUAUGGAUAGCCGAUCUUCAGCUUGUUCGAUGCCCAGUCUGUGAUCUCAACACAUGUGACGGAACGAUGCAGACUUUAGAUGCAAGACACAUAGAACUAUUCCUGAGUGAGGGGUACCAAAAUGGGAGCUGGGAUUACGAUGUUGUAGGAUCUCAUGAUAUCAAAAAGCACACAGAUGGAGCUUCAGGGGCUGUUUUUGAUGUCAAACACCUCAAAGACUCUUCGACGUCUGCUAUCUUUAAUCUCAAGUCAUGGGUUGGAAAACCAAUGGACUGGCAACCAAGGGCUGUGAUAAGCCUCCACGCAGUUGCUGUUAACACCAAUUUACAGAAAAAUGAAGGAAUACAUGUCAAAUACCACGCCAUGAGAGCUGGACCUAAUGGAGAAAUUGUUUCUAUCAGAAUCUCUCAGCAGCUCCUAUAA